UCUCGAUCGAUCUGUUUUGACAAUUAUCUCCUUCUAUUUUGUUUGAUCUUUUUCUUUGCCCCAUCAUUUCCAAGAGUUUAAAAUUAUCUUUUUUCAAUCACCAUGGAUACCGGCGGAAAAGUGAAGAAGGGUGCCGGAGGUAGGAAAGGAGGUGGCCCAAAGAAGAAGCCAGUUUCCCGUUCAACUAAGGCCGGUUUGCAGUUCCCCGUCGGAAGAAUCGGCCGGUACCUAAAGAAAGGUCGCUACUCCGAGCGUGUCGGAACUGGUGCUCCGGUUUACAUGGCCGCUGUCCUUGAAUACUUAGCUGCUGAAGUGUUGGAGUUGGCCGGAAAUGCAGCCCGUGACAACAAGAAGAACAGAAUCAUUCCAAGGCAUGUGUUGUUGGCCAUCAGGAACGACGAGGAGCUUGGGAAGCUGUUGGCCGGAGUAACCAUCGCCCACGGCGGAGUUUUACCCAACAUCAACCCUGUCUUGUUGCCAAAGAAGACUGAUAAGGCUACCAAGGAACCAACCAAGUCUCCAAAGGCUACCAAGUCACCAGCCAAAGCUGCCAAGUCCCCAAAGAAGGCAGCUUAAAAUUCUGAUGACUAGCUAGUGGUUCUGUUUUGGGUUUGGGUUCUUGGCCAGGUGUAUGUAAUUGUUGUUGAUUUAGGAGUUUGUGAUGGAUUUGUAGGGAAGAAGAUGAAUAGGGGUAUAAAAGGGUGCAUGAAUGAAUGUAAUCUUCUUGAUUAGUCUUUGCCUACUGAAUUUUAAAUUAAUGAAACAUCUUGUUUCCUGCUUCUUGAUUCAUAGUGCUCUGUUCAUCAUUUGUCCAACGAUCCUGCUCUAAAUUAUUUUGUAUCCCUUCAAAGUGAAUUGCUUUUGGUUUAUGAAGUUCUAAGAUUUAAAUAUGUUCUGGACAAUGCAUCAAUGAUAUGAUUUGCAUAUCAGUUGGUUGGUG